AUGGCCAGCCAGUUCUGCGUUCCUCUCGCCCCACGCCUCUCACCCCUUAAACCUUUGAAAUCUCACUUUACAGACUUCCAGGUGGGCAUCUGUGUGGCGAUCCAGCGCAGUGACAAACGGAUCCACCUGGCUGUGGUCACAGAGAUCAAUAGAGAAAACUCUUGGGUCACAGUAGAGUGGGUUGAGAAAGGAGUUAAAAAAGGUAAGAAAAUCGAACUGGAGACUGUUCUUCUGUUGAAUCCAGCUCUGGCCUCUGCUGAACACCAACGGUCAUGCAGACCCCUGCGCCCGAUGUCUGCAACGCCCACCACUGCUAUUGGGGACCAGUGCACAACCACCAACUGGAUCCCAACGAUCCCACAUAGACACGAGACACCCUCAGGGGACAGCCAAGCCCUGGUGGUCCCCAGCAACCCUUGUCUGAUGAAGCGGAAAAAAUCCCCCUGCCUAAGGGAAAUUGAAAAGCUGCAGAAGCAGCGAGAGAAGCGCCGACGACUGCAGUUAGAGAUCCGAGCUAAAAGAGCCCUUGACAUCAACACUGGAAACCCAAACUAUGAGAUUAUGCGCAUGAUUGAGGAGUACCGCAGACAUCUAGACAGCAGCAAGAUGUCCAGCCUAGAGCCCCUAGAAGACCACCGGAUCUGUGUGUGUGUGAGGAAGCGCCCACUCAAUGAGAGAGAGACCACCAUGAACGACCUAGAUAUCAUCACUAUCCCCUCGCACAAUGUGGUCAUGGUACACGAGUCGAAACAAAAGGUGGACCUGACACGCUACUUGGAAAACCAGACCUUCUGUUUUGACCAUGCCUUUGAUGACACAGCAUCCAACGAGUUAGUUUACCAGUUCACUGCCCGGCCUCUCGUGGAGUCCAUCUUCCGAAAGGGCAUGGCCACUUGUUUUGCCUACGGGCAGACUGGCAGUGGAAAAACCCACACGAUGGGUGGAGCCUUUACAGGAAAGGCCCAAGAUUGUUCUAAGGGCAUUUAUGCCCUGGUGGCUCAGGAUGUCUUCGUCCUACUAAGAAACCCCGCCUAUGAGACACUGGAACUCAAAGUCUAUGGAACAUUUUUUGAGAUUUACGGUGGCAAGGUGUAUGAUCUGUUAAACUGGAAGAAGAAGUUGCAGGUCUUCGAGGACGGAAAUCAGCAAGUGCAAGUCGUGGGGCUGCAGGAGGAGGAGGUGUGCUGCGUGGAGGACGUCCUGAGGCUGGUGGAGCUCGGAAACAGCUGCCGGACUUCUGGACAGACCUCUGUCAACGCUCACUCAUCGAGGAGCCAUGCUGUGUUCCAGCUCAUCCUCAAAGCCGGAGGAAAACUGCACGGCAAGUUUUCCCUCAUUGACUUAGCUGGGAACGAAAGGGGAGCCGAUACUGCCAAGGCCACCCGGAAGAGACAGUUGGAAGGGGCUGAGAUAAAUAAAAGCCUGUUAGCCCUGAAAGAAUGCAUCAGGGCUUUGGGUAAGAACAAGUCUCAUACCCCAUUCAGAGCCAGCAAACUGACGCAGGUGCUACGGGACUCCUUCAUAGGCCAGAACUCCUCCACAUGUAUGAUCGCUACGAUCUCACCCGGGAUGACUUCUUGUGAAAAUACACUCAAUACUUUAAGGUAUGCAAACAGAGUCAAGGAGUUAGCUUUAGAAGCAAGACCCUACCAACCCUGCCUCUCUCCAACUGACCUUGAAGGACCACAAAUGUUAGAAAAGGAAAACACGAAUUCAGAGAAGUCCCUUCACAGGGAUGAUUUUAUUCAAAUACCCACCGUGCAGAAAGAAGAAGAGAAAGAAAGUGAUGAGGUCACAUUAACAAAGGAACCGGUCGCUUCCUGGAAGAGAUCCAGCCAGUGGUGGGAGGCCAUCCAGGAAACAGCCGACGGAAUCAACUGUGAUGUGGAUUUUUGCAUUGCUCAGUCACUGUCUAUUUUGGAGCAGAAAAUCGGUGUACUGACUGAGAUCCAAAAGAAACUCCAGUUGCUACGAGCUGACCUCCAAAAGAAAAGCCAAGUUCAGUGA